AUGGCACCAGCCAGACCAGGAUUCUACCCACUGAUGCUGCUCCUGCUGCUGGGACUGUGGGUGCUUGAGACCCCAGUCAGUGCCAAGCCCAAGAACAUGACCUCAUCUCAGUGGUUUGAAACUCAGCACGUGCAGCCCAAGCCGCAAGCAUGCAACUCAGCCAUGGGUCACGUCAACAAGUUCACAGAACACUGCAAGAACCUCAACACCUUCCUGCAUGAAUCCUUCUCCAAUGUGGCCACCACCUGCCAGACCCCCCAAAUAACCUGCAAGAACAACCAUGAAAACUGCCACCAGAGCCCAGGACCUGUGUCCCUCACCAUGUGUACACUCACCUCAGGGAAGUAUCCGAACUGUAGGUACAAAGAGAAGCAUCUGAAUGCAUCUUACAUAAUAGCCUGUGAACCUCCCCAAAAAAGGGACUCUAGGAAAUUCCGGCUGGUUCCUGUGCACUUGGAUAAAAUUGUCUGA